UGCGCGUUUUUUGCUGUUGGUCUGGCGUAUCUCUCAAAUUUCGCAUACGUGCAUGAGUAGUAUUGGGCAAAUUGAUUGUCAUGCUCGAGUUCUGUUUGUAUGUGCAGCCUUGCAAUCAUUUGUGAUGUCGCGGUACCCGGGAAGUCUGGCGCGGUCCUCUGUGCAUCAUGUAUAUUUGAGACAUUAGAUAAGAGUAAACAUUGUUCUGCUGCCCUUCACAAAAUCGAUGACCUGUAGUGAGGAAAAGACCUGGCGAGCAACGCGCGCGUCCGUAUGGGUGAACCAAAUGUUAUUCGGUAUCCUACUAGUGCUCCUGCCAGUCUUGCGUAGCAAACACUGUUUGAUUCAUUUCCGACGUUUUGAUGGGCUAUCAGAGGUGUCCGAUUCGAGUGCACUGUUGCUAUUGACCGGAAACUCAUCCGAAGUUCGCUUUCCGGAUGUACCAACAUGGAGUACAGCGGUGUCGGGCCUCGGAGAGGGGAAGGGUGGAAGAGGCUUCCGUUGUCGUGUGCCGGGAAUUGGGACCGAUGGCUGCUGAUAACCAUUCAUUGGGCUGUGCGUUGAAGGUUCAAGCUGAAGAUGAGAGAUAUUCAAAAGCGGUUUCACAGAAUGAAAA